AUGUGGCCGCGCACGAAGCGGCGACGAGCAAGCGGCUGCGUUCCUGACGGGAUCACAGCUGGAUCCAUUAGAGCUGCACAGAUGAACAAGAAGAAAAAUGGAACAGAGAAAAAUGACAAGGGAGGGAAUUCAUUGGCUUAUAGAAAUAUUGGUCCAGGACAGGUUGAAGUCUCGUGGACAUAUCCUAAUCACAUAUUGAACAGUGUAGUAGGCUCAACCAUCCUUUACACGGAUCGUAAAGAAUUGUCUCCAGAACAAUGGGAAAAAGUUAUCAUCAAUGACUCGAAGAAUACUACCGUACGCCUAAACCAUCUACGUCAAGGUGCACGAUACUCAGUACAAAUCAUUCCACGUCUAUUUAACGGAGAUUCCGAUUAUUCCUCAAGGGCAUUAUUCGAAAUGAAGACUGAUAAUCGUCCGUUUCAAUAUUUAUUUUGUUUUAUUACUGAACUGACGAACUGA